AUGUUGCCCUUUGUAGACCUUCUAUUUGGCUACCCUGCUAGGGUCACAGGAGCUUCCAUUGAUGAGCUCAAGCUCAUUGCGUCAUUUCUCCUCUCAUAUCCUCUGGCGGGACUCUUGAAGCGCAUCCCGGAUGCCCAACCUUGGAAGAAGAAUGCUUUCAUUAUCGCCGUCUCGCUGUUCUAUGUCGUUGGCUUGUUUGAUUUGUGGGAUGGUCUCCGCACGCUGGCCUAUAGCUCUGCUGGUAUCUACCUGAUCGCCUACUACAUUGAUGGAUCAUUGAUGCCAUGGAUUGGCUUUGUUUUCCUGAUGGGUCACAUGUCCAUCAACCACAUCUAUCGACAGAUCGUCGACGAUGCUCAGGUGGUGGAUAUCACCGGCGCCCAGAUGGUCCUUGUCAUGAAGCUUUCCGCGUUCUGCUGGAACGUGCACGAUGGCCGAUUACCUCAAAGCCAGCUUUCGGGCGCGCAAAAGUACGCCGCCAUUACCCAGUUUCCUAGUAUCCUGGAUUAUCUGGGCUACGUGCUCUUCUUUCCAUCUCUCUUCGCCGGUCCCGCCUUUGAUUAUGUUGACUAUCGUCGCUGGAUUGACACCACUCUGUUCGACGUACCUCCUGGAACCGAUCCGUCCAAGGUGCCCCCGACCCGGAGGAAGCGUAAAAUCCCUAGAAGCGGCACCCCCGCCACGAAGAAAGCUAUCGUUGGAUUGGUUUGGAUUCUACUCUUCUUGCAAUUGGGCUCCUUGUACAACCAAGACACUCUACUUGGAGGGAACUUCAUGAACCACUCUUUCCUCAGACGGAUCUUCAUAAUGCACAUGGUCGGCUUUGCCGCCCGAUGCAAGUACUACGGUGUCUGGUCGCUGACAGAGGGUGCAUGUAUUCUCUCAGGAAUGGGCUACAACGGCUUUGACCCCAAGUCGGGCGUCGUCUUCUGGAAUCGGCUUGAAAACGUGGAUCCAUGGAGCCUCGAGACUGCUCAGAAUUCCCACGGCUAUCUGGGCAGCUGGAACAAGAACACCAAUCACUGGCUGCGGAAUUAUGUCUACCUGCGUGUCACUCCCAAGGGCAAGAAGCCUGGUUUCCGCGCCAGCAUGGCCACUUUCACGACCAGCGCGUUCUGGCACGGCUUCUACCCCGGUUACUACCUGACCUUUAUUUUGGGCUCGAUCAUCCAGACCGUCGCUAAGAGCUUCCGCCGUCACGUCCGGCCCUUCUUCCUUACUCCCGAUGGCAGCAAACCCGGGCCUUACAAGCGCUACUAUGACGUCAUAAGCUGGCUCAUCACGCAAAUCACCAUGUCCUUCACCGUAAUGCCGUUCAUCUUCCUCUCCUUCGGCACCUCCGUCGCCGUCUGGCGCAGUGUCUAUUUCUACGGCAUUGUCAGCAAUCUGCUUUCUAUCGCUUUCUUCGCCAGUCCUGCUAAAGCCAUCCUUGUCAAGAAGCUCAGGGUCCGCGGCGCUAGCCGCCCGCCACACGGCCCCCGCACGGCGAGCAGCGAGUCGCUGCAACAACCGCCAACCCUCGGUCUCCCUAAUGAUGCCAUGCAGGAAUUCGACGACGCAGUCCAGGAAAUCAAGGCCGAAAUUGAAUCUCGUCGCAGACGCGGGAGUGUCGUCACCAUGCCGACGGGCGAGGAGCUGAAGAUUGCCGUCGAGAAUAAGAUGGGGCGCAAGCUCCCAUAA